AUGUUGCAGUUUUCACAGUGGCCACUAGAUGUCGACAACGGGCACUUUAGCUUGGCGGGAAGACUGCAGCUUGCUUUACAGCCUGUGGUAAAGGUGACUGUUAUUAGCUUUAUAGACAAAGAGCUCAUGGAAAGGUCUGCUGUGCCUCCCGAAAUAAGCUUGUGGACUGGAGGCAUGAGGCACCAGGGACGUCACCGUCAGCGGGAUGCAGAGCGGAGGGUGGAGUCCUCGUAUGUAGCCUGCCCACCGCCGCCCCGACAGGAGUCAAACCCGCUAGCGGAACCCAUAAAAUUGGAGGUGGAAGACGAGAGGCACCAACCUGAGGGCGUCCCCAAGGUGGAGCAGAGCACCCAGACGGAGAACAAGAGGCCCGGUCGGCUGCACCAGGAGAUGCUGCGGGAGCUCAAGAGGUUCCGCAGGAGCGCAGCGCAGGCUCAGCAUGAGCGGGACCUUAUGAGAUCGGCCAUGGACCAGAUGGCCCAGGAGAUGAAGGAGCUGAAGGAGAUGGUGGCCUCACUCUGCUCCUCCAGCAGCCGCCAUCCUUCAGCGCAGUCGUCCUCCAUGUUGGUGCAGAAUUCCUGUCCUGUGUGGAGCCGGACCCCCGAGGACAGACAGUCUACAGAGUCCAGCCGGGCGUCCCCCGAGAGCAGCCUGCAGUGCGGGUACACCUAUCCCCUGGAAGCCCUGACUGAGCAGAGCCAAGAGCCGGUGUCUUGGAUGUACCAGAACCCCCAUCAUGACGAGGACGACAUGUUACCCACCACCACCAUCAAACGUGAGGAGGAGGAGGAGGAGCUCAGCCUGUCCCCCGAGGCUGGCUACUACCAGCAUUCCCAGUAUGACUCCUGUAGGAUUGGUGAGCGUCUCCCAAACAUCUCCAUGAUGCCCCUGAGUGCGGAGAAGGAGUGGGGCCUCCUGGCCCGGAGCGCCGGGAAGCCGGGGAGGUUCGCUGCCCUCCUGUUCCGGGCUCUGGUCCCUUUUGAUAUCUACAAGAGUUGGGUGAACAGGGUCAAUCUGGACGGCCUGAGGGGCAGACAGGGGAUCCCGCUGAACGUGAAGAGGCGCGUGAUGGCCGUGGUGGAGCGCCACUUUGCCCUGCGCAAGUCAGACCACAGUGAGAUCCGCAACAGGCUCAACGAACAGCUGCGCACCCGGCGCAAGAGCGACAAACACCCCCAGGCCGGACUGUCAGAAGUACAGCUCCUCAGCAGGUAGAAGCCGAGGAGCAUGGGGCAUCCAACACGAGCAGCCUUCCUGACCUACUCUGCUGCACUCCACAGUAUGAGAGUAUCAGAGUUAUUAUAUACAGGAGCAAGGAUUGAUCCUCUGGGACUGACCUCCCAUAAAGCCUUCAUGUAUUGCCAGGUAGUCACAUAAUGGACGGGGGGAUGAGGUGUACUCCUCAGUUAUUAAAGGGUAACCCCACAGCUGCCCCCAAAUACUACCACUGACAUUACAGACCUUGUCCUGGAGGUAGGUCAGCCUCCAGCCUGGGUGACAUGUAAGUCCGCGUGAUGAAGUGGUCCGCCACUCCAUGCUGCACGGGCCGCACCGCAGACCGAGAGCAGACUAGAGAGGACACAUACUCCUAAGGGACUUCACCACCAUGAGGCCACAUCUUUUACAUUUUUUAACUCAUUUUUAUUUUGUAUCUUACCAUGCAGAAUAAAUGAUGACAUGUUGCAGUUUUCACAGUGGCCACUAGAUGUCGACAACGGGCACUUUAGCUUGGCGGGAAGACUGCAGCUUGCUUUACAGCCUGUGGUAAAGGUGACUGUUAUUAGCUUUAUAGACAAAGAGCUCAUGGAAAGGUCUGCUGUGCCUCCCGAAAUAAGCUUGUGGACUGGAGGCAUGAGGCACCAGGGAGUGAGGUUAUCUGCAGGAAAUUGGCUUCUGCCUCAUGAGGGGGUAUCGCCUUCCUCUGGAUGCACUGUACAGGAUAACAGGCUGAACUGGGAGGACGCAGGGCUUAUUCCAGCCUAGGUAAGGGCGCGUUCACAUCACCGUCAGCUUUCUGUUCCUCUGAUCUGUCAAAAAUCAAGAAAAAAGAAAAAUAAAGAAAACAAUAGAUCCUGA